AUGAUAUUCGGGAAGCGCAAGGAUGACAAGGGGUUUGACAUCGAGUUCAGCAGCGAUGACAUCUCCUCCAUCCACACGGCUCACUCCAGCUCGGGGAAAUUCCUCGACAAAUACAGUCUAUCCGACAUGGAGACUAUGCUGCAGGAGCUGGGGGUGAUGGCGAAGCUGAGGAAGAGAGGGCACCACACAGUGAACAUAGAGCUGGACCUCACAGACCCCUUUGUGCACAAGAUGCUAUGGACCACCCCAGCAGCUCCGGAACCCCUCUGCCAGUGCGCAUUACGCAUCCUCACCUCCACUUUUCCACUCGUGCUGUCCAAACCCCCUCCCUCACUACAUGCCCUGUGUACCUCGCCCUGUGUACCUCGCCCUGUGUACCUCUCCCUGUGUACCUCUCCCUGUGUACCUCUCCCUGUGUACCUCUCCCUGUGUACCUCUCCCUGUGUACCUCUCCCUGUGUACCUCUCCCUGUGUACCUCUCCCUCCCAUCAGAUGCUCUGGACCACCCCAGCAGCCCCGGAACCUCUCUGCGAGUGUGCAUUACGCAUCCUCACCUCCACUUCCCUGCUGCAUGCUGUGCGGCCCAGCGAGGUGAUAGGCGAGGGGGCAGCAGCGCUCAAGGCAUGGGAGAGUGGCUUGGGCGAGUACCAUCCGCUCAAGUUGCUGCUGGUCGACUGGCUGCUGCUGCAGGACCCUCUUGCGCCUUGUGAUGAAACCCUACUGCCAGGCCAGCACAUGCCAGGGCUGGGCGUUGCGAUCGAAUUCGGCAACUUGCUGUACCGCAUGGCGCAGGAGGGCGAGUUUGAUGCAGUGGUGAACCGCCCCCUGCACUUCCACAAUGCAGUCAUGUAUGCGCCCACGGGCAACCGCUUUCUCAACCCGCAGGUGGAGGCUCGGUUUCGAGUGCUGGUUCGGGACAUGGAGGCGGAUGUGCUGGCAAAGUCGCUUGCUGACGUGUCACACACCAUCCAGUGUGCUGGGUUGCGACUCGCUGGUUCAACCACAGAUGGUUCAGCCAGCGCUACUAGCAGCACCACCAGCAGCACACCAGAUACGACCUUCCCUCAGCAGCACCUCGCAGAACACCAGCCACAGCACCACCCCAGAUGCCACCUCCCCUGGCAGCAACGCAGAUACCACCUCCCCCAGGAGUCACUCUGUGGGGGUCAUCACCUGGACGGCAGAGGAGCAGGCCAAUCCCGUGUCAGAGAGAGGGACUCACGUGGCAUCACAGCCAAUGAGCAUCUGACACGUGUGCGCUCCAUGCUGGUCAAUGGGCGGCGAGUCUCGCUCAGCAGCAGCGGCAGGGAGCUGGGGAGUGGGAGAGAGUUGGGUAAUGGGGGCAGUGGGAGGGAGGUGGGGAAUGGGAACAGCGGGAGUGGGAGGGAAGCGAAUGGUAGCAUAGGGAGAGAUGCAAACGGAAGCUUUGGGAGGGAGGGCUGCUGCAAUGGAAGGGAAACGAGCAACCACUGCAGUUGCCACAGCCUGCAGAAUCAGCCAGGCAACGCGGUUAAUACAGAUACAGGUGGGGAUGUUACGGCUGGUGGUGCUGGUAACCAGGUUGGAUUGUUGAAGCCAAUAUUCGGGUUGGACUCGUUGGAUGGGGUGGAGAGCCAGGAGGCGAUAAAGAAGCGGAUAGAUGGGGGGGUGCCUAUGAAGCCGAAGAAGCAUAAGACGGAGGGAAUCGCGCUGCUGUCCAUGUAUGCGGGAGACGACGAUGACGACGAAAUGGAAGACGAGGAGGAAGAGGAGGAAGAAGAAGAAGCCGAGGCGCAGCAAGGGGGAGCGUCGGCGGAAAGGCGGAGCGGAAGCGGAAGCGGAGCGGAAGGAGGCCGUCCGGGGGAUGACGGCGCGGCUGAAGGGGGAGAGCAAGCGAUGCGAUCGGGAGAAGCGGCGGAGAGAUCGCGGGAGGCUGGGGGAGGCGCGUUGGGAAUCUUCGGUUACGGACACGACGCGGGGGAAGACGAGGAGGCGGAGGGGGAGGCGGAUGAGCGGCGGGGAGGCGCGGGGGCGCAGCGAGAAGCACCCAAUCGUGCUACCCCAGGGUCGGUGCAUAUCCUCUCUCCCCCUGUUGGCCGAACCACGCCCACUCCUGGCCGAACCGCUGGGACAGGCUCGGUAACAGGCUUGGGGACAGGCACGGCUGGUCGGAUCACUCCCCCUCCUGGCUCUUUUGACGGUGACGUGGCGGUCCUAGCAGCUGCCAAUGGCAUUGCGCCACGUGGACAGCUGACGCCCCCUGUGAAUGGGGCUAUACAGGGGGAAGUGGGGGUUGAGGGGGAGAUGGAGGGGGAGAGGAGAGGAGGGGGGGAUGCGGGGAGGGGUGCAGAGGGGGGUAUGGGGGAGCAAGGAGGGGAGGAGGAGGAGGUAGAGGAGGCGUUGAGAGGGUUUUUGCCGCCCCCACCACGAGAAAAAUGUUCAGAGCAACUGCAGGCCAAGUUUAUCCGGUAUCUGGAGCUGAAACGGGCCGGCAGGAGCAUCAACGACGCCCUUCGUAACUCCAAGGGCUACCGCAACCCUGACUUCAUGCAACAGGUGGUGAAGCAUGAGGGUAUAGACGAGCACGGAUCCUGCUUUUCUAAAGACGUCUUUAAUCCUCACGGCUUUGACCGAUUAGACUACUAUGACGCCCUUGUGGCGGAGCAGAGGAGGGAGAUGGAGCGAAAGGAGCAGGAGAGGAGGCAGAAGGGCGGGCAGAUAGAGUUUCAGCGAGGGGGCACCGUGGUUCAGCUCAUUGCCGCUCCUCCUAAAGGAGCCCAACCCGUUCAAGAUGCUGCAGCUGCAGCAGCAGGCGGAGCAGGGGGGAUGGCACCUGGGCAACCAAUGGCAGCAGGGGCCGCAGCAGCAGCAGGAGCGGCAACAGCAGGAGUGACAGCUGGAGGAGCUUCUGCGGGUUUGGGAGCAGGCAUAAUGGGAUCGGCUCCUGGUGUUAUGCGGGGAGGCACCGGUGCUGCUGGUGGUGGGGAUGGGUUGACACGAGGCGGGAAGAGGAGCAAAUGGGACAAGGUUGUUGCGGACGCCCCACCAGCAGCAGCAGCCGGAGCAGCAUCAACAGCAACAGGAGCCGCUGCGAGUGGUGCCGUUUCUGCUGGCUCUGCCGCUGCUGCUGCUGGCGCUUCUGGUGGCGGUGCCGGUGCUGCUGGUGCUGGUGCUGGUGCUGGUACGGGCAUGGGCAUAGGGCGAGGCGCGCACAUGGCAAUGGCAGCAGCGAGAGCACAUGCUGCUGCCAUCACUGCCGCCGCUGCUGCUGCUGCCAUGGGGGGUGCAGCACCCACAGGCGCACACAU